UGCACACUCAUAUCCCAUGCCAUCCCUCACUCCAGGCACACAUAUCCCAUGCUUCCCAGGAGCAUCCCAGGGCGAGCAGGGAUCGCAUCACCUCUCCUUAUGUGCAGCCAGGGCGAAGCCAGAGCGUCGGGCGGAGAAGGCAGGAGGAUGAGGCACAGCUCCCCUGACUGCGCUGCAGCUGCUGAGCUCAUUUUUAGCUCAUUAUUUCUGCUUGGGAGCUGAUGAAAGGCAGUUUUCAAAGAUGCAUUUAAUGGGUGAAAAUUCAUAAAAAUGUUUUCCGGGCUCUGUUGUGCCAGUGUAGCGUCUGACCACCAACGCUGUUUGUCACAGCAGUGGCACUGGGGCUUGUGCCAGCAUCCUGCAUCCUCCUGAGCCCCGGGAGCUCUGUGGGAGUGAGGGAUUUGGGGUGCAGGGCACGGCUACACUGAUGCUGCCAGUACAAAAUGGGGAAAACAGACUUUAAAAAAAACCUAAACCCAAACAACCUCUUUAUUUUGCAGAUUGGAAGCUUGGAAAACUACUACCACUUUCACCACAGCAAGACAUUUAAGCGCUCCACGCUGAGCAGCCGGGGACCGCACAACUUCCUCCGCAUGGACCCCAAGGUGGACUGGCUGCAGCAACAGGAGGUGAAGAGAAGGGUGAAGAGGCAGGUCCGAGGGGAGCCACAUGCCCUGCCCUUCAACGACCCAGUGUGGCCCAACAUGUGGUACCUGCACUGCGGUGAUAAAAACAGUCGGUGCAGGUCGGAGAUGAACAUCCUGGCAGCCUGGCAGAGGGGCUACACGGGCAAGAACGUGGUGGUCACCAUCCUGGAUGAUGGCAUAGAGAGGAACCACCCCGACCUCCUGCAAAACUAUGACCCUCUUGCAAGCUAUGAUGUUAAUGGGAAUGACCACGACCCAACUCCACGCUACGAUGCCAGCAACGAGAACAAGCACGGCACUCGCUGCGCGGGGGAGGUGGCGGCGGCGGCGAACAAUUCCUACUGCAUCGUGGGCAUCGCCUACAACGCCCGCAUCGGAGGCAUUCGUAUGUUAGAUGGAGAUGUAACAGAUGUUGUUGAAGCGAAGUCGCUUGGCAUCAGACCCGAUUACAUUGACAUUUACAGCGCGAGCUGGGGGCCAGAUGAUGAUGGGAAGACAGUUGAUGGACCUGGUCUAUUGGCCAAGCAGGCUUUUGAGCAAGGCAUUAAAAAGGGUCGCAGGGGACUGGGGUCCAUUUUUGUCUGGGCAUCGGGGAACGGCGGCAGAGAGGGCGAUUACUGCUCCUGUGAUGGCUACACCAACAGCAUCUACACCAUCUCCAUCAGCAGCACCACUGAGAAUGGCUACAAGCCCUGGUACCUGGAGGAAUGUGCCUCCACCCUCGCCACCACCUACAGCAGCGGGGCAUUUUAUGAGCGAAAAAUUGUCACCACGGAUCUCCGGCACCGCUGCACCGACGGCCACACCGGCACCUCCGUGUCCGCCCCGAUGGUCGCGGGCAUCAUCGCCCUGGCCUUGGAGGCAAACCCCCUGCUCACCUGGAGGGACGUCCAGCACCUGCUGGUCAAAACCUCACGGCCAGGGCACCUGCGAGCACCAGACUGGAAAACCAACGGAGCAGGGCAUAAAGUUAGCCAUCUAUAUGGCUUUGGGCUGGUGGAUGCUGACGCUAUUGUGGUGGAAGCCAAGAAGUGGAAGAUGGUUCCUCCCCAGCACAUCUGCGUGGGAAGCCUGGACAGGGUGCCCAAGUACAUCCGAGCCGACCACGUGCUGCGUGCCAGCACCCUGAGCAGCGCCUGUGCCGAGCAGCGGGAGCAGCACGUGCUGUACCUGGAGCACGUCGUGGUGCGGCUCAGCAUCGCCCACCCGCGCCGGGGCGACCUCCAGAUCAGCCUCAUCUCUCCAGCAGGGACACGGUCACAGCUCCUCGCCAGGAGGGUGUUUGACCACUCCAAUGAAGGCUUCAAGGGCUGGGAGUUCAUGACUGUCCACUGCUGGGGGGAGCGGGCAGCAGGGGAGUGGACCCUGGAGAUCCACGACACGCCGUCCCAAGUGCGCAACCCCGCCGUGCAAGGGAAGCUGAAGGAGUGGAGCCUCAUCUUCUACGGGACAGGAGAGCACCCCUAUACUGCCCUGAGUGGGCCCCAGUCCCGGGGGAGGUCACUGGAGGUGCCAACCUCGGAGAUGGAGCCAUCAAGAGCUGCCCUCCUGCAGAGCCAGGUGGAGGUGGCAGAGGAGGAGGAGGAGUAUGCAGGUCCUUGCCACCCCGAGUGUGGUGACCAGGGCUGCGAUGGCCCCAACGCCGACCAGUGCUUGAACUGCAUCCACUACAGUCUGGGCAGUGUGAAAACUGGCAGGAUGUGUGUGAGCUCGUGCCCCGCUGGGUUUUUUGGUGACAACGGCGCCCGGAGGUGCCGGCGGUGCCACAAGGGCUGCGAGCGCUGCGUCGGGAGGGGACCCAGCCAGUGCACAGCCUGCAAGAGGAACCUGUACCACCACCCUGAGAUGGGCACCUGCGUGGUGCUGUGUCCCCCCGGGUUCUACGCCGAGGAACGUCAGAAACGCUGUCUGAAAUGUCAUCAAAGCUGUAAAAAAUGUGUCGGUGAAGCAGACAAAUGUACUGCAUGCAAAGAGGGAUUCAGCCUGGCAGGGGAGAGCUGUGUGCCAGAGUGCCAGCCUGCCAUGUACCUCAGCCGGGAGCCCCGGAGGUGUGAGACCUGCCCCACCAGCACAGGGCCAGGUGAGGAGGACUGCACCCCCUGCACCCCCGAGGGCCCUGCACUGCACUGGCGCUGUGUCCCUGCCUGCCGUGAGGGUUUCUACCCCGCCGACAGCCACGGGCUGCCCAACAAAGUCUGCAAGAGGUGUGAUGACCACUGCUCAGCCUGCGAGGGCUCCAGUGGGAACUGCCUCAGGUGUAAGGAAGGUUACAGCCUCCUCGGUGGCUCCUGUGUGACAAAUGAAACCUGUACUAAUGCUGACAAGACUUUCUGUGAGAUGGUGAAAUCAAACAAGCUCUGUGAAAAGAAGCUGUUUGUGCAGUUCUGCUGUCAGACGUGUCUUAUGGCCGGGUAAAGUUCAGCGGCUGCAUCCAUCCAGGACUUCCACUGACUGCCAGCCCAGUUUUGCCAAAUGUUUAGGACAAAAGUUUAUUUUUUCAGCUUUGGGAGAGUUUACAUGGUGCUGUCAAGCAUUCGCUCGUAAGUUUGAUAGCUUUAAUAUCACUGUCGGCGCGUUUCUAUAGCAAUAUGUUAAGCAGAGAUUGAAGCGUACCCUGAGUGAUCAAGGCCUGGAAGCAGCAGACAAGUGGUGAUAUUAACACUCUCAAACACUCCUGGUGAGCAGGGACCAAUGCAUGAUCCAUGUACACACGCUUGGCUCUUCGCAGAAAUCCUACUGAUGAGGGAGCCCUCGCCACAAGGGAGGCAGGACUUCACACACCUGCGAGGAAAGAGCCGAUUCUGGCUCGUUUUUGGUACCCUUUUGUGCCAGGUGCCAGCUGAUCCAAACCGGCAUUGCCAGCGCCGUGCUCUGUACAUAAAUAAAACGAUGAACCAGGCGGCUCUGGAGCGGGCCCCUCAGCCCACUCCGGCACUCCUGUUCGGAUUCGGUCGGUCACUGCUUCCCUCUGCCCGUGGCAAUAACUGGAGGUUUGAGGACCAAAGCCAGAGCUGCCCCACGUGGCUCUGCAGGUGUGUCAGCCCAGCAGGGCAUUGCCCUGCAGGUAACUGCAGCCAGGCAAAACCCGUGUGCCUGCAAGGAGUCGUAGGGUUUUGGGGGGGUUUGUCCACACGGACCAGCCUUACCAUGAAAUGUAUAUUUCCUUCCUGGAACUGCUUGUACAUUGCUGAUUAAGUCAGUUCUGGAACAAGCUAAAUCCUUCCUCUAAACGAGAUGUUGUCCCAAUUAAUCUUUCUUGGCAUUUUGUGUUACGAUCCUCCCCCUGUUUCGCUGGGUACACACCUCUCUCUCUCACAAAAUCCUCCUGUUCAUGGCAGUGAUUUUUCUUGGGCAUCUAUUUCCCAAAUGAGACAUUCCAGGGAUCCAGCCAGGAAACUUAAUUUUACAAAACCCUUCCCCGAAACAAACCUUUUCACGCUCUCUCUUAAUAGUAAGUCAUGUGGUGUUUAUAUAAUUGUGUUUAAAAUAUCCUUGGCUAUGUUGUUUUACAGAUUUUUUAAAAAUAACUUAUACAAUCCUUUUUUUUUUCUCUGUGGACUAUUUUUUAUAUGGGAGUGGGGUAUCUUUUUUUGUCUUGUUCCUUCUCCUUUUCUCCUCUCUGACCCUGCAAAGCCACUCUUUGCACCAGACGUAUGUAAACACUUUCCUACACUGCAUGUUCUGAUUUUCAUUGUUAAUAGUUUUAAUGAGUUGAACCUUUCUCCAGUGAAAUUACCGCCAGUUUUGUCACCAUUUCCACAUGGAACUGGGAUAAUCCCUGCUUGGUUUCGGCUGCAACGACACCUGCCCUGCCUGGGCUUGCCCACAAGAGCUCACCUCAGCCAGGUGAGGAGGGGAAAGCCACACUGUCUCCAGUCCUCACCUGCCUGGACCAAAUCCAAGGAAAGAUGGAGCUUUGGUGAAAUGAUCUUUAAGUUAAUAAACUAUUGAUCUCCCCUGACAAA